GGAGCCGCUGACCAGCAGCAUGGAGGACCCCGCCGUGCCUGCGACCGGGGGCCCUCCCGCAAAUGGCAAUGGCAACGGCAACGGCGGCGGCAAAGGGAAGCAGGCGGCGCCCAAGGGCCGCGAAGCGUUCCGAAGCCAGCGGCGGGAGUCAGAGGGCUCUGUGGACUGUCCCACUCUGGAGUUUGAGUAUGGAGAUGCAGAUGGGCAUGCAGCAGAGUUGUCAGAAUUGUAUAGUUACACUGAGAACCUGGAAUUCACCAAUAACAGGAGGUGCUUUGAAGAAGAUUUCAAGACUCAAGUGCAGGGUAAGGAAUGGCUGGAGUUGGAAGAAGAUGCCCAAAAGGCCUAUAUAAUGGGACUCUUGGACCGGCUAGAGGUGGUCAGUAGGGAACGGCGGCUGAAGGUGGCCCGGGCUGUUCUCUACCUGGCCCAAGGUACUUUUGGGGAAUGUGAUUCAGAGGUCGAUGUGCUACACUGGUCCAGGUACAACUGCUUCCUGCUGUAUCAGAUGGGGACCUUCUCCACCUUCCUGGAGCUACUCCACAUGGAAAUUGACAACAGCCAGGCCUGUAGCAGUGCCCUUCGGAAACCAGCUGUCUCCAUAGCUGAUAGCACAGAGCUCAGGGUGCUGCUGAGUGUUAUGUACCUAAUGGUGGAAAAUAUUCGCCUGGAGCGAGAGACAGACCCCUGUGGGUGGAGGACAGCCCGGGAGACCUUCCGCACUGAAUUAAGCUUCUCCAUGCAUAAUGAGGAGCCUUUUGCCCUUUUACUCUUCUCCAUGGUUACCAAGUUCUGCAGUGGCCUGGCUCCUCACUUCCCCAUAAAGAAGGUCCUGCUUCUGCUCUGGAAGGUGGUCAUGUUUACCCUCGGUGGAUUUGAGCAUCUGCAGACUCUCAAAGUACAGAAGCGGGCAGAAUUGGGCCUGCCUCCACUGGCUGAAGACAGUAUCCAGGUGGUGAAGAGCAUGCGUGCUGCCUCCCCGCCCUCUUAUACUCUUGACCUGGGAGAGUCUCAGCUGGCACCCCCACCCUCCAAGCUGCGAGGCCGCCGUGGCUCUCGAAGGCAACUCCUCACUAAGCAGGACAGCCUGGACAUCUACAAUGAAAGGGAUCUCUUCAAGACUGAGGAGCCAGCCACAGAGGAGGAAGAGGAGUCUGCUGGUGAUGGAGAACGAACCUUGGAUGGAGAGUUAGACCUGCUAGAGCAGGACCCUCUGGUGCCACCUCCACCCUCAGAGGCACCCCUCUCUGCUGAGCGGGUGACUUUUCCCAAGGGCCUGCCCUGGGCCCCAAAGGUCAGACAGAAGGACAUUGAGCACUUCUUGGAGAUGAGCAGGAACAAGUUCAUCGGAUUCACCCUGGGGCAGGACACAGAUACAUUGGUUGGAUUACCCAGGCCCAUCCAUGAGAGUGUGAAGACCCUAAAGCAGCACAAGUAUAUCUCCAUCGCAGAUGUGCAGAUCAAGAAUGAAGAGGAGCUGGAGAAGUGCCCUAUGUCUUUGGGGGAAGAGGUGGUACCACAGACGCCAUGUGAAAUCCUCUACCAGGGAAUGCUGUACAGCCUCCCUCAGUAUAUGAUCGCUCUGCUUAAGAUUCUGCUGGCUGCAGCUCCCACCUCCAAGGCUAAGACAGACUCUAUCAAUAUCCUGGCAGAUGUCCUACCUGAGGAGAUGCCCAUCACUGUUCUCCAGAGCAUGAAGCUGGGCAUCGAUGUGAACAGGCACAAGGAGAUUAUUGUAAAGAGUAUUUCUACCCUGCUUCUGCUACUCCUCAAACACUUCAAACUCAACCAUAUUUACCAGUUUGAAUAUGUAUCACAACAUUUGGUAUUUGCCAACUGCAUCCCCUUGAUCCUGAAGUUCUUCAAUCAAAAUAUCUUGUCAUACAUCACUGCCAAAAACAGCAUCUCAGUCCUGGAUUACCCUUGCUGCACCAUCCAGGAUUUGCCGGAGCUUACUACUGAAAGUCUGGAAGCUGGAGACAACAGCCAGUUCUGCUGGAGGAACCUCUUUUCCUGCAUCAACCUCCUGAGGCUGCUCAAUAAACUGACCAAAUGGAAACAUUCCCGGACCAUGAUGCUGGUAGUGUUUAAAUCGGCACCAAUCUUAAAGCGGGCCCUCAAGGUCAAACAGGCCAUGCUGCAACUUUAUGUCCUAAAGCUACUAAAGAUACAGACCAAGUACCUGGGGCGCCAAUGGAGGAAAAGCAACAUGAAAACCAUGUCAGCCAUUUACCAGAAAGUGCGUCACCGCAUGAACGAUGACUGGGCUUACGGGAAUGACAUCGAUGCCAGGCCAUGGGACUUCCAAGCAGAAGAAUGUACCUUGAGGGCCAACAUUGAGGCUUUUAAUAGCCGUCGGUAUGACAGACCCCAGGACUCUGAAUUUUCACCUGUGGAUAACUGCUUGCAGAGUGUGCUGGGGCAGAGGUUGGAUCUGCCUGAAGAUUUCCACUAUUCAUAUGAGCUCUGGCUCGAGAGAGAGGUGUUUUCACAGCCCAUCUGUUGGGAGGAGCUGCUCCAGAAUCACUGACUAAGUUCAACAAGCAUCAAUAGAUGGAGGUCAGCUCCAAUAAAUGGUGCUCUGCCUACCCUGUUCAUACAGGCUUUGUUACCAGUUCUAGGAGUGCUUGCCACAGGAAGAUCAGCCUAAGAACAUCCAGUAUUGUUCAGGGCUCUUCUGGGGGCUCUUGGUCCUAGAGAUGGUGCAAGGGUGGGAUCCUGAAUCACAACAAAAUGAUCAACUUGCCCUGGGGUCCGUUGGGUGCCCAGUUGGCCUAGGAAAUCUUUUGGUGGAUCAGUCCUAGACAAGCUCUUUGGUAGGACCUCUUCCUGCGUUAGUCUUGGCUAGAACCAGGCUAGCCUUUGCUAGCUCUAAAAGAGGAAAUUUGUUACAGCAUUUGACCCACGGCAUUCAUCACAGAUAGUGGGAGGUACAAGUCAUAAAAUAGGGAGAAAGUUUUCUUCUUGCUCACCCUGGAUUCCUAGGACUUAUCAGAGAUUUGGAAAAACCAACUUUGAAAUUAAGUUUGCAUUUUAAAUUUCAAAUUUGGACAGCCUCUUUCUAAAAUCAUUAACUCUAAGAUUAUUUUAGAGCACCUGCACCUUCUUUUUGAAGGAUGAUGAUUUACUAUUCCCUCAAUACUGCAUGUUAUAGAAAAGGGUGUUGUGUAAAGUGUUUUUUUCCUCAUUCUGUAAGAGAUCUAUAUUCAAUGUGAAAAUUAUUUCCUUGUGUACUCUGUAUAGGGCAUGGAAUGCUCUGCCAUUUUUAAAGAGCCACAACCAAUAUGAAAUAUUCAGGUCCUUUCUAAGGAUGUUUCGUAUUUUUCCUAAAUGACUCCAGUCUUAAAAUGGCUGAGCACACUACAGAAAAUUAUCCUUUUCAUCCAAUUCAUUUUUUAAAUGACAAGUUAACUA